AGACCUUUGUGCGGCUGCGCAGUGAGGAGGCCUCAUACGAGAUACUUGUCAGGUUUGGACUGUUGGAGGUUACACAACACGACCAACAGCAUACUUCUUUUUUAAUAAAUACAGUUUUUCAGUUUAAACCAUGAAUCCCGAUAUUCUGAAAGAGCGGAAAAGUGCCUCUUUUGACGUGGAGACGCUGACCAAUGUAUUAGACGGAGGCCCUGAAAAAACAAGAAGAAGGCGAGAAAUCGGUGAGUUGGAAUUGUGUACUCGUUUUACUCUCUCAUCUCAAACUUUGACCGAUGAUACUCAUACUAAUGAUGUUCCGUAUGAAGAGAGUGUCGCACCAAAGCAGCAAACUCGAUCAUGCAUUCAUCGGCUGUUUGCUAUUGUGUUGGUAUCAUCUUACCUCGGGCUGUUAGCUGUGUAAAGGUGAAGUCGUUCUGACCGGCUCCAUGUUCAGAGUUCAUUUGUUAAAGUAUCUCACUGCAAGUUCACCAAACUAUGAAAGAGACAACCUUAUAUCUCAAUUAAAUAAUUACAAACUUACAUAGAGUUUGCAGGUGCAAUGCAAUGAAAUUAUACUUUCUUUAGCAGCAUCAUAAAAGUCCAGUUCUUAAAACCAUGCAUGCAAAAGAUAUGGAAAUAUAUUUAUACCCACAUAUACUGGACCACUGUGCUCCAGUAUACCUUUUGGACUAUAGAGGUCCAAAUAGGUAAUUUUGAGGCUUUGGUGCCACAAUGAAGCUCUGCAAGGUUCAAGACACGGAGUCUAAAUGAUUAUAUAAUGAUUUUACAAUCAUGUUUGUAUAAAUGUGCAUUGAUGAAGUCACCUUACUCUAAUAGGAUCACUUUAGAAUAGAAUAGAAUAGAAUAGAAUAUUCCUUUAUUGAUCCCCCAUGGGGGAAAUUUUUUUGUCACAGCAGCAUCACAGACAAAGAGUGCACAAAUGCAGUUAUAAAAAUAAAGAUCCUAAUAUUAAGAAUUUAAAUAAAUGUAAUAAUUAAGAAAAAAUUAGAAAAAGGAAGAAGGGAGAAGAAAAAUUAAACUAUCUACAAUAUACACAGUUGAUAUGCCAGAAAAAAGUGGUGGUGUAAAUCCAGUUAUUAUUACAGUUCGUUGUACAGUCUUAUUGCAGAGGGGAGAUAUGACCUGCGUCCUCCACAAAUAUGCGCUACCGCAGCAUAUUUGUGGAGGACAUAUUACUCUUGCUAGCAUCUUGUGACGAUUGACUCAUUGCAAAUUUACAGCAUCAUAUCGCAGUGAUAUCUGACUGAGUCUUACUGAAUAUAUCAGGGUCACAUUUGAAGGCCCUUAGAUUAAAUGUUCAGAAUUGAAUGAAUGAUUUAUUUAUUUCAGUAUAAUAUGACCGUAAGGGUGUAGGCAGAAGCAAUGCUUAUAAAGACCUACCCCUUAUACCUUACAUCGAGUACAUUAUACAGAUACACUUUUUAUACAAAUAUCAACACUUCAAUACAUAUUCACUAUUCAAAUCAGAUAGUGUAAUGAACAUGCUUUACACUUUACAUUAAUAAUCAUACAUCAUUUUCUCUACAAUAUUGAGAAGUAACAUAAAUCUUGUAAAGUCUCUUUAAGCUUACCAGAGUACUACAUUUUCUAAUUUCUACCGGACAGUUGUUCCAUAUUUUCACUCCUUUUACAGACACACAAAAAUAUAAAAAUAAAGAUCCUAAUAUUAAGAACUUAAAUAAAUGUAAUAAUUAAGAAAAAAAAUAGAAAAAGGGAGAAGAAAAAUAAAACUAUCUUCAAUAUACACAAUUUAAAGCCAGAAAAAAGUGGUGGUGUAAAUCCAGUUAUUAUUACAGUUCGUUGUAAAGUCUUAUUGCAGAGGGAAGUGACCAUGCGCUACCGCAGCAUAUUUGUGGAGGACAUAUUACUCUUGCUAGCAUCUUGUGAUGAUUGACUCAUUGCAAAUUUACAACAUCAUAUCACAGUGAUGUCUGACUGAGUCUUACUGAAUAUAUCAGGGUCACAUUUGAAGGCCCUUAGAUUAAAUGUUCAGAAUUGAAUGAAUGAUUUAUUUAUUUCAGUAUAAUAUGACCGUAAGGGUGUAGGCAGAAGCAAUGCUUAUAAAGACCUACCCCUUAUACCUUACAUCGAGUACAUUACAGAUACACUCUUUUAAUAGAUAUGGAUGAGAGACCCAGUAAAUUUAAAUACAUGUUUUACACUAGGGAUGCGCUGAUCCGCUUUUUUCACCACCUAUACCAAUACAGAUAUCUACAGUUUAGUAUCGGCCAAUACUGAUCCAAUUCUGAUACAGAAAAGCCACGCUGAAUUACCUUUGUUGUUACCUUAAGUUUUACCACUGCCCCAUGGAACGUUUACUGCACAGGUAUUGCAAGUGGCCGUUGAGCUUGUAGGCUGAGGUAUUGUGAUAAAGUUCAAGAUAGCAGAACCCUUUGCUCGCUCCAUUUUAAAAACAAUAUGGGCAUCCACUCAGCGUGUUUACUCUUGGAUGCCACUUAGGGCGCAUAGCAUAGAGUUACACUAACUAGAUCGGCCCCUAUGCAUCAGGCCCAUUGUCACAAUACCCGAUUUAGAGUUUUCUUCAGUAUCGGGACCAAUACUGAUAGAUAGGUGAAUCCCUAUUUUACACAGGAAUACACAAACUUGAAAAUGUCAAGCGAAUCAUACAUCAUAUAAAGGUCUUGACUCAGCCUCUGGCUGUUCAUAGGCAGUUGUUUGUUAACUCUAACUCUCUCCUCUGCAGAGUCGAUGGUUCUCAAUGAUCCAGACUUUCAGGAGGAGGAUCCAAGCUUCCUGUCCCGCAGUGAGCGCUAUGACCAGGCUGUCAGGAAAAGUGCCCAGAUGAUCCAGAAGCUCAGAGAGUACGGUAUCGCGGACCCUGAGGAGAUCUACCACUAUAAAAAGUAUGUGGUAAAGGAGAUGGCGUGCAGACGAAAGUCAUACUGCAUAUCCAGAAUGAUAAAUGUGUUUGAAGGGCUUAUAGAGAGAGCAGCUGAGACUCAGUCAAAUCCACCCUUAAAAAAUCCAGAGGAAAAGGGAGACAAGCUGUUUUUUUUAAACUUUGUUUUGUUAAAGAAAAAAGUUCCCAAGUAGCACAACUUUGACCUUUGACAGAGUUUUGUCAAACCUGAGCAAGGUAAUUUGAAAAAACAACAACUGUACAUUAUAUAACAUUAUCAUACAAUUGUUAUAUAAUCCACUAAUUAUACAGUUUUUUGUUCUUUUUCUGUCUUAAGGAGUUAAGUUAUUUACUUACUUACAUUUCUGUUGAGAUAACGCACAAUAAGUAUAAGACUACAAGUUUAGAAAUAUUAAAGCAGACUUUCAUGGAGUUUACUCUUGUAUUUGCUGAUUCUAGGAGUUUUAUAUAAAGUAAUCUACCAUGACCUCUGUUGGAUAUGAUAAGAGGAAAUUUGCAUUGUCAGCAAGAUCAUGUGUAAUGUUGAAGAAUUGAAUGCCUGCACUUGAAUGACCGCAACCAAACACUAUGUCUGGUUAUUCUUUAACUGACGUGCAAUUUACAAACGUUUUUUUAUUGUUAAAGUAGGAAUAUAAACAGAGAGGUAACAGUAGUCUUGAUUUUAAGUCAAAAAGGAUUAAUUUGUAAUCUGUAAUAUGAAUAAUUUUAGAAUAAUUCAGCCUUUCUACACAACUGGGACAAACACAGUGUACCUUUUAUUUUUUUAAAGAAGUUAAUCUCAUAAGUGUCACUCUUAUCCUGUUGCUCUAUCAGACAAGUUAACAAACGGAUGGUUUAGAUAUAUCUGGUUAUAGAACAACAGUCAGAGCAGUUUGAGGCCCAGAGCCAAACAAAGUCAGGGGGGGACAAAGUUCAGCAAAGUGUGUCAGAGGGUAUGCAGUAAUCUAGAUGAAAAAAAAAAAGCUUUUUACGAGGCAUGUAGAUGAAAUUACAUUGUUUCCAAGAUCAGACAGGUGUUGGUUAAAUUUAAGGACAGUUAUUUUUGACUAAACAUGUUCCUAAAACUUCUCAACACUCUAAGACACACAAUAAAACAGUGUUUACUUUUUGCUUAACUCCAGGUCAAGAACAGUUGGGGGUGCUCUGCAAAAUAAUAAUAAAACGUACUGUAUUUUGAUUUUUGUAAACCAUUUGAAGCCUAUAUUUAAUUGUAAAAAGUGCAAAGAAAACAUAAGACUCUAGCAGUUUGAUUCUUGCCUACUAAGUGAGAGACUGCAUGAGCCAAUUGUUCAACCAAACAGUGUUUUUCAAUGUGGGGAUGCAGAGAUUUUCAGAGUUUUUACAUCUAUACUACAUAAAACUUUUAAAAGAUUCAGAGAGUCUGAGGAGAUUUGAAAAAGGACAAGGCAGAAAACCAUUUUUAUUGAACGAAGAAAAGGAAACCAUCUAUAGAUAUGAACAAGACAUGCUAGUGACUUCUUGUUGUUUAGUUUGUUUAAGAAUAGCCGAGGUAAAGUGGGAAACUAUCCUGUUAUCUUGCUAGACUGCCAUAAUUUAUCAUACAGGGAAAACGCCCAGGCUGUCAUUACAGUUUUAAAACUAGCAUUCUUGAUGUUAUUGAGAUGCCAUCAAUGCCGAACAACAGAACCAGAUUUAGGAGCAACAGCUGAUGCCAACCAGCAAAUGCCUUUCCAGUGAAGACCUUGCAUGUACCAGCAAGACAAUGCCAAACCCCAUUCUGCACAUGUUACAACAGCAUGGCUCUGUGGUAAAAGAGUCUGGGUGCUAAACUGCCCUGUCUGUGGUCCCCACUUUUCAACCAUUUAAACUUUUGCCACAUUAUGAAAUUGAGACCCCAAAGUUUUGGGUAAAUUGAGUUAGAAUUGACAAUAUCAGACAUUCAAAACUCAGGAAGCUGGUGUCCUUGAGCCCCAAAAGUUCGCUCAGCGUUGUUAGGAGAACAGAUGAUGUAAGACAAUGUUAAACAUGACCCUGUCCCAACAAAGAGUGUGCGUAGAUUUUUCAAAAACAUAACCCUUUUUUCAGUUUUAACAUCUGGUAUGUGAUUUCAAGUUUAAAUAUAUUAUACAUAUUAUACAUACUUCAAAUUUGUUCUUCAUUGAGGUUAUACUUUGCUGACCCUGUGGAUGAGUGAUGUAGGAAUGAAGGAUCCAUGUCUAAGGAGAAAUCAGAAAAGUUAACGAGGCACAAGCCUAAAAUGAUUAACAAAGAGGCUUAACUGAAGAAUGUUUUUCCUUUCAUGAAACAUUUAGAUUUUAGAAAAUGAUGUCAGAGCAAGAAACUGAGUUUAUCUGAAGCAUACAGUAAAGCCAUGAGAAUCACAUUGUCUGUUAGAGCUUGAAUACUAAGUCAGCAGUUACACAAUUCACCAAACUUUGAGCAGUCUGAUCUGAAGUUGUGUUUGCUAUGCUUUACAUCCACCUAGAAUGGUUAAGGUACACGGUCGUGAGGCCCUGGAGUUACACUACGGCAUGUUCCUCGUAACCCUGUACAGCCAGUGUGAACCUGAGCAGGCCAGGAAGUGGUUACCUCUGGCAGAGUCCCUCAAGGUCAUGGGCACGUACGCCCAAACUGAGUUGGGUCACGGUCAGUCCUGGACUUAGCCCUCAACCAAUUUACUUGCUUUUUAUGUAAGGUCCUCAGACACAACUUCACCAUGUUGGCAUGAAACAGCACUAAUUGGCCCAAUAUUUUUUUACAUUUGGCCACAAUUAAAUUCUGUGCAGAAUAUGAAGCCUGGUUUUUGACAUAUUUUUUCUUUAAGUAGUAUUUUUUUAACCCUUGCAUGUGUUUGACGGAUACAAAUCAUGUCAGAAGUUAGCAAUUGUUACAUGUAUGUCCUUAACAAUUACAGUCAUAUAGGGUUAGAUGAUAUGGCCUCAAAUCAAUAUCACAAUAUAUUGAGCAGUUCACCUCGAUAACAAUAAAUGGACGAUAACAACAAGCUCCUCACCCCCUCCCACAUCAACUUCAUCUACUUCAGCCGCUACAACUUUUGAACCGUCCUCCAUCUCCUCACCUGUCUUUCCCUCUUUGUUACGGACUGGAUGGGGUGGAGUCUCGUCUCUGACACAGGACAGUGUCUUAAAGGGACAUAAGACUAUAGCCUACCUACACACAUCCAAAACCAACUUUGAUUUAUUUAUUUUUUGACAACAAAUAUACUGACAUGGCAAAAUGACGUCCGUUAUUUUCGUACAUUUCAGUAUCUGAAAAUGUUUGGUUUAUCGCCCAGCCCUACUCUCAUACAUUUCUUUUUGUACGAAAAAAAUUCGAGGAAAAUUUCAUGACAUGUAGAUUUACUGUAGCUGCUUAUUUACGUUCUUCUAAUAAUGGUACACUAACAGUUAAAGGAUUACUAGCAUUUUAAUAUCAAAAGAGGUAGUUUUGUCUCACCCAUUCGUUCCAGCACACACACUUCCAUCAACCCUGCUGCUUUUCUGUGCAAAACUUUCUAAUGCCCUCUGUUUGUGAUGGCGCUGCUUUGAUGACUACGCUUUGGUGUGUGUCUUCUUGGCUGCUUCACAUUUUUUUGUGACCAAUUAGCCCUGCCUGUGACUUUGCUGCGACCGGAAACGGUGAAGAAGUUGUGCUGGAGUGUAAAUGAGUUGAACCAUUUCUUUUGCUCUUUUCAUGCUGCCUUACAUCGAAAGCAAGUGCUGCAGAAUUAAAUGUCUCUUGUAGCUCAUGAUGGUGCUGAGUUUGAGCUCCUGGAUGUCUCUUUAAAAUCCGAUCUCAGGCUCAGAACUAUCUUUAAGUUACAUCAACAAAAGGAAUGUACAAAAUGGUUAUGCAAAAUCCAAAGUUGUGCGUGGCCCAACAGCAUUCAAAGUGAGCAGGGAGAGCAAAGUUCAUCAUUCGAUAUAAACUCUGUCAGAGGGUAUUCAGUAUACAACAUUAUGUAAUUGGUUUCAGCAUACUAGAUCAUCCCUCAUCCUUUUGUCAACAGUGUUUAACAGCCUUUGCAGAACAGUGUUAAUGUACAACAGAGGCUACCAUGACAAAGCAUCUAACGGGACUGUGUGCUUGAGAUAAACUCAGCCAUAAAAGUGACAUUGACGGAAAAUAAAUCAGUAACACUAUCAACAAGUCUAAUGUACUCUCCCUUCAUGCAGUUUAUAUAAGGGCCACCACCAUGAAGCCUUGGGGCUACACUUUGUCAUGUUCCUCCCACACCUGUACAGCCAGUGUGACGCUGAGCAGGCCAGGAAGUGGUUACCUCUGGCUGAGUCCUUCCAGGUCAUGGGCACAUACGCCCAAACUGAGAUGGGUCACGGUCAGUCCUGGACUUAGCUCUUAAAUUAUUGACAUGGUUGUAGCAUCACGCCCUCAGACAGACCUUCAGUGUGCUCAUAUAGCAAACCCAAAUUGGGAUCUGUGUGUUUUAAACAUUGAGGUAAAUUAUAUUUUUGAAAGAAGAAAAAUUCCUGUUUCAGCAGGUUGGAAAAACUCUUGAUACCAGGAGUGGUUCUGGUGAUUCUUUGUGUGUGUUUGACAGAUCCAAAUCAUGUCUAUGUAGUUUAGGCUAACAGUAGGAGGAUGUAUGUCCUAACAGUAAUAUGUGUUUGUUCUAACAAAACAUGAUUUUAUAUAUAUACAUAUGAAUUAAGCAAGCACAACUUACAAUUUAGAGUAACACAAGUUAGUCGUAUCUCCUAAAAGUUCCAAAAUGUACUUAGCUUUAGGUCGCUGGUUCUGCUGCUUUUCUCCUCACAACUCUCCCAUGCCUUCUUGAACAGUACUCUGAUCAUGCUGCUUAUGUGUGUCAUCUUUAUUGCUUUCCAUCAAUUUGCAAAUGAUGAACUCUGUCUUUGGUCUGUCUGCUGGCAUCUCAUCCAAGCAGGAAUUUAAAUCAGCUUAUAACCAGACUUCAAUCUCUGAGCAUGUAAAGCGAGACUGUGCAGCAGAAAUGUGUGCCUCUGGUGGUCGCCUAUAAUGAGGCUGAAUUCCAGCUUGUAAUUGUCUCUUUGUAUUCUGAGAGGCUGAAGGGUCUGCAGUGAGGGGGAAUUUAGGCCAGGCCAGCUUUUGUCUGCUGUGUCUCUGUAAUAAAGCCAAGACGAUGGUAUCAUGAAUUUGUCUUUCACUUUAACAAAGCUACACUCUGAAAUGUUCAUUUUCGUCACCUGUGCUCUGGAUGACUUUGACUACUAGUCUGAACCAUCUCACAAAUUUCCACCUAGUCUUUUGAGGGCAAAUUUAAAUAGCCAAAAAUAACUAUAUCAUGCUAUAUGAGUACUGACUAACACUAAGAAACAUACAAUUUAAGGGGCUUAGCAGCUCUACUUUUCCUUAAUGUCUAAUUCAGCCCUCUAGAAAAGUUUUUCAUGGUGGGUUUUGAUGUGAACAUCUCCAGAAUAAAUCCAGGUUUUGAAGAAUGUGACGUUUACAUGGGUUGGUGACCACUGAGUUUUAAAAAAUAUAGGUAGCAGUAAAACCCUGGAUUGACCAGGCUACACUCUGAAAUAAAGAGCAGAAGACCCUUAACUGCAUACUGGCUGAGAAUAACACAACAUGUUUCUGAAAUAUUGAAACUGCGGCUUCUUGAAACAGAAUGAAGUGGAAUUUAAUAAUGAUUAAAUUUUUGGAUCAUGACUAUGAUUCCAAUGUGCAUGAUAUGUUUUAAUUUGACUGUAUCACUUUGUUUGUUUGCACAUACCCUCUCUUUACCCCCCAAAUGCUUCCUGUUGAUCCAAAAAAACUGUCCUCACCCAUCAUCAAAUUCCCUGUGCACCCUUCUCUUUGCCCUUUCUGCAUUACCACCUUUCUUCCUUUGCCCCUGUGCUGCGUGGUCCAGGUGUGUGCACCCGGACAGGCCGGAGCCCCUGGAUCUCCAUCUGGGAAUGUUCCUGCCCACACUGCUCAACCAGGCCACCCCUGAACAAAUGGACCGUUACUUCAUGCCCGCCUGGAACCUAGAGAUCAUCGGCACCUACGCUCAGACUGAGAUGGGCCACGGUAAAAUGAUCCAGAGUCCAAAGUAACGGGCCCGUUUAGGCCUGUCUGUAAUACAGACAGAAAGUCAGGGAUCAUUUGGAUUCUUUGAUAUCGUCACCAAAUCCCCAAACUGUGUUGCAAUGAGGACUUUAAAUUAUGAUUAUCACAAUCCAGGUUCUUUAGCACAAAUAAAAUGUUGAGCAUGAAUGUGAUGUUAUCAUAGGUCCUGUAAAUUAUGUGUGGGCUGGACUCCAUCAAUAAUUUCUAAAUGAUGUCCUCUGAUGUUUUUGAAGAGUCUGUGUCAUCUCAGCUCUCAUUAUUUUAUCAUCAUUGUACCUGAAACUCAUCAUUUCAGUCAAAACUACUCACAGGUUGUAAACAGGCAGGUUGUAAACAAAGCCCAAGUCAACUCUAUGGAUUAAAACAGUGGGAAAUGUGACCCAGGAAUCCAUGAUGAUAAACAAUUGUGUUCAACAAGCUUUAGAUAGGCAUCACAGAAUGAAUCACAUCCUUUUUGUUUCCCUUAUUUAAAGGCCUGUCUAACGGAAAGAAAUUUGGGCCAGAGUCUAAUCUCUGAAAACUUUCUAGUCUUACAGAAGCUGUACUCACUGUUAUGUUCGCUCUCAGACAACCAGUGUGAAUCAGAAACUCCUCUAGGACAAACCAGAUCCUGCUCUAUCUUUUCUUUUUUUUUAUGUAUUUCGGUCAAAUUCUUUGUUUCUAUUGUUUCCAAGUGUUUCAGUAUUAGUUUCAGAUCUGGUCUGGCUGUAGUCCAGUAUAACAUCAUGUCCUAUUCUGCCUCAAUUCAGCUUUAAAACAGAUGAAGAAACCCACCAUUGAUGUUCCCCUGUCGACCUGUUUUCUUUGUGAUUGAUGUUGGCUCAGUGUGAAUGAAAUUGUUUUAAAUUAUGACAUGUUUUUAGAUCUGUCAAACACCUACAAAGUGCAUGAAUUUGUCCUUCACCUACUGCAUUUUCAUUGGAAAAAGUUCAAAAAUUCAGAAGUUGACUGAGGGCUGAACAUUUGUUCUGUUACUGUCUGUCACUCUCAUUUAUUCUUGUCAUUGAUGUUUUGAGUUAUAUCAUGUAUGCUUCAUAAUUAAGAUGUUUUUAGACAUCCUUUUAAUAACUGAUCUUUUUUUUCCCAUCACUUGUAUUUUAAUGUUUAAUUUCUGGUUAGCAAUACUGAUUCUAAAACGUAGUAAUUUUUUCCUGUGUUUAUUUCCUCUGUGUGUUCUGUAUGUAUUUGUGUUUGGGCCUUGAUUCAUUGUUUCUGUGUAGGCACCCACCUCAGAGGGCUGGAGACCACAGCCACAUAUGACCCAGCCACACAGGAGUUCGUCCUGAACAGUCCCACAAUCAGCUCCAUCAAAUGGUGGCCAGGAGGACGUGAGUACAGUCACACUCAUUUUUGCUUCAUCCCAUAUUUUCCACAGGAUGUUGUUUCUUUCUCCAGUCUGAGUAAAACAACUAAAUAACUUUUCACCCACACUAGUUUUAACCGUCCAUCUCUUUUUCUUCUGCAGUUGGAAAGACCUCUAACCACGCCAUCGUUCUGGCCCAGCUGUACACUCAGGGAAAUUGCCACGGUCUGCACGCCUUCAUCGUACCGCUCCGUGACAUGAAAACACAUUUGCCCCUGCCAGGUAAACACCGCCCGUGAUGUCUGCCUUGAUUAUAUAUAUUGUCUUGUUAUGUAAUGUCCUCUUCUGUGUUUGAGAAGAGCUGGAUUAAAUGUACAGAAAUUAAUUAUUAUUGGUGAAAUAUUAAGUUUGUGACCGUGUAUAAAUGUUAUAAAUAUUUAAAGUUAAAAUAUCACUACAGGAACUGUUGAUAAAAGGGGUAGGAUUAAUUAAGUUUAAACUUCUUCGUACUCCUUUUCGCACAUAUAGAUCGGCUAAACAUGCAGAUUGUUGCCAGCAGUCUUUGUUUUCUUUUACUUAUGGUAUGCAUGUGUUUGUGUAUGGUUACCACCUAUAUUCUGUUUUCUUUAUUGCAUGUUCGAAAUAAAGCAUUCAUUCAUUCAUUCAUUCAUAAGGUGGAGUUGCAUCACAUGCACCAUCCUGUUUCUACCACUUUCAUCUCUCUUAAUUUACUUCUCACUCCUGCUUUCUCGCCCUCUCUCAGGAGUCGUGGUUGGAGAUAUCGGCCCAAAGUUCGGCUUUAACGAGGUUGACAAUGGCUAUCUGAAACUGGAGAACAUUCGGAUCCCACGAGAUAACAUGCUGAUGAAGUUCGCAAAGGUGAUGUAAUGCUUAUUAUUUUAUUAUUAAAAGUUAUUAUUAGAGUUGGUAAAACUCUGAGGAAUGAUGAUGUGAGUUUUUGGUUGGUUUUUCUCAAAAUGGAUUUUACUGAAGAAAGCAGACAAGACUGACAAUUUCUAUGUUGCAUAUUUUUUUUAUGUAUGGCACUGCAGUGAGGGGGCUGGUGUGAGAUGAUUUACAGUCUGUUCACUUUUUACACUGUUAAUAGUGCGAGAUACAUGGAACUGUCAAAGGGAAGCGUGACUAGAUGAAGAUCAGGACACUUUGCUUACACACGUCUAGGACAGCAAACUUCAGCUUUGAAGAAUCAGCUUUGACCACGCAGGCCUUCAAAGUCAACACAGAUAGAAACAUAUCUCACAGGAGCUUAAAGUAGCAAAGUAAAUUGCAGUUUAUUGGUUUUUACAUUUUUAUGCCUCUGCUCAUUAUGUCUUUAUCUCUCCACUAGGUGGCACCAGAUGGAACUUAUGCAAAGCCACCAAGCUCCAAGUUGACCUAUGGCACCAUGGUGUUCAUUCGCUCCAUGAUUGUAGGCGAGUCAUCUCGGGCUCUCUCAAAGGCCUGCACCAUCGCCAUCCGCUACAGCUCUGUCCGUCAUCAGUCUGAAAUACGGCCAGGGUCAGUAUGUGUAAAUGAAUGAUAGAUUAAUGAAUGAAUGAAUGAAUGAAUCUGGAACCACUUUACAUAAGUGUGCAUUUGUUUCCUCUGGUAAAUUUUUUUACUUUUUUAGGCUCUAAAUAAAAUGUGUAAUGAGUGAGUGAAAGUAGAAAACAUACAUAUCCGACACUUUUAACUUAAAUCCACAUCUGUGCCCUUAUCAGUGAGCCUGAGCCCCAGAUCCUGGACUACCAGACGCAGCAGUACAAGCUGUUCCCACUGCUGGCUACAGCCUAUGCCUUCCAUUUUGUCGGCCAGUACAUGAGGGAGACCUACCACCGAAUCACCGGAGACAUCAACGACGGAGAUUUCAGUGAACUACCUGAGGUACUGACGGGACGCUCUAUUGUAGGAUGUGAUAAAGACCAAAUAUUGAGUGGAUUGCAUAUUAAAUUUUAGUCUUUCCAGUUAAUUAAAGGGAGAUAAAUUGUUAUAAAAGCAGCUAGUUAGUCUGACAGUCUGUUUUGUUUCUCCUGUGUGUAGGACUAACCAGCUUGUAGGUUUGAUAAUGGGAUUACACUUUCACUAUAUCAAAUAAGAUCAUCAUUUCAACUGAUAAUAACACAUAAAUGAGUCAUCCACUGUGUUCAUUUCAAGCCUAGUUUUGAGUUUGAACUAAUCUUUGUGCCUCAUCUUUACAGCUCCAUGCCCUGUCUGCUGGUCUGAAGGCCUUCACAACAUGGGAAGCCAACUCUGCCAUCGAGGUUUGCCGGAUGUCAUGUGGUGGACACGGCUACUCCUGCAGCAGUGCCUUGCCAGACAUUUAUGUCCAGUUCACACCUACGUGCACCUACGAGGGAGAGAACACAGUCAUGAUGCUGCAGACUGCAAGGUAACUCAUUAAGUAAGAUUGGGGGAUCACAAAGGAAGGUCUCGUUAUCAGGAAUAAGUUCACAGUCUGCUCAGGUCUCCACCCUUUUAUGACACUAUCACAUGCCAGAACUGCAAAUGCUGUUUAAAGUUCGUGUUGUUGUUGUAAUAAACCUGGUUCUAUGAUCUCACUUUUCUUAAAGUUGCAGCACUAAAUUUUGAGAUGAGAUCUGCUGAAUGGACAUGCCCACCAUGCCAUAAAUGUCAGGGAUACACCUACCAAAGUGGUUAUUCCCUAUUUUAAUGUAUGGUUAAAUAUUAUAUUGAAAACAGACAUUUGAGAAAAUUAAUAUUCAGUUGGUUAACCCCCCCCCCCCUCAAGUUCUGUUUCCACUAGAUAGCCUGUGACAUAUGUUUAAUAAGAUAAAUACAUUUACAAUGAAAUGAGCACACAGCUCCAUAACCUUCAUGUUUGGACUGAUAUCAUAUCAUAUUUUUCUCUUCCUCCUUCUCUCCCUCAGUACAGCAUGUUGGCAUUGAUUUGCUCUGGCAGUGAUCAAGUAUAUAAAUAAUUUUAAGACUUAUGAAUCGAUAUUCAAACAGUAAGAAUAAUGUGAUUCUCCAAACAGCCUUUUUGGCCAAUUUUAACAGCCCUAACACUCGCUCUCUUCUCACAACUAAAACAGACUCAGGGUACAUUUCCUUUCACGAAAUGGAAACUGUGACGGCUGCUCUUCACUUCACAAACUGUCAUCUAUUUAAUAAGAAUAAGAAUAACUUAAUUUAUUCCUGAAGGGGAAUUCAAUAAUUCAAAAAUUCAAUAAUCUCUUUCCGUGUGAUAGCUUCUUUGUAUCAGAGCUGGAUUGUUUACCGAGGAAGGAUGAGUUGAUCAAUCUGAACAUGAAUAGUCUGAGGUUUGAAAACAACAGGAUGAACUAAUGAGAAUGAAUUAAAUCUCAGAUGAAGGUGGUAAAAGUGAUUAAAAAUUUGCUCUGUAUGCACACACACACACACACUCAAAAAGAAAAAAAAGAACAUUUCGCAUUGAUGCUAAACAAUCACACAAGACGGAGAUACUUUCCAGCUUAUCAACCACAUACAUCUGCAUAAUGAUCCCUCACCAAUGUACCAUCUUUGCUUCUGUUAAUACAGAUACUUGGUGAAGAGCUACAGGCAGGCGAAGGCAGGCCAGCAGCUGAGCGGCAUCGUGUCCUACCUGAACGAAGCACAACAUCGCAGGGUUCAGCCACAGCCCGUUGCUGCCAGACCAACUGUGGUGGACAUUAAUGACCUGGCCAGCCUGGUGGAGGUCUACAAACUACGAGCUGCCAUGUAAGCAGGGUAGAAACUGUUUCGUGUCUGUCCUUGCUGUUGGAUCUGAUAGACGACCUCUCAGACACUCUUAAUAACUGUAAAGGAGUUAACCUUGUUUUUUCAUGCAGUUAUACACUGCUUUGAAACCACAUGUUUGUGCAUGUGUGGUAAAUCUGGUCUCCUCUGCUUACAGUUUCUGCAUUUGUCCAUUUUACUCCCUGACAUAACAUCCAGCACCUAGUCUAAUAACUGCAUUUAUCCUUCUUAGUCAGAGUGAAAUCAAUUUUAUUAUUCAGAGCCAGCUAUGUAAUGAGCAUGACCGCUGAGCAGCUGAGCCACCGUGGCUGAGAGUGAAAAAUGUGACCAGCCAGUCCUAACGCUGAUUAAGGGAUAAAAGGGGAAAGGACAUUUGUGUGUGUGUGUGUUUUUUUUAAGUAUUCCUCAAACAUUUUACUCUUACAAAAGAAUGUUGACUUGACUUAUUGGUGCGUGUGUUUCUAGUCUGGUAGAUCUGGCAGCUAAGAGCAUUCAGCAGGAGCUGCAGCGAAGGAAGAGCCAGGAGGACGCCUGGAACAACAGUGCCAUCGACUUGGUCAGAGCCUCAGAUGUAAGUUUAAUCAGUUAGUGUGUUUUGUUUUGUGUAUCAAGACAAUGUUAAAUCAAUACAGGGUUUAAAGUCCACUUCAUAUUUCACUAUAUUAUACUUGUAUUCUCUUUUAAAGUCCCCUCUUGCCCGUCUGUACUCUGAGUGUUUUGCAUUGUUAACGUGUCUUUGUGUUUUUGUAUCUCCAGGCCCACUGCCACUAUGUCGUCGUGAAGCUCUUUGCUGACAAGCUACGUGAUAUCAGUGACACAGCUGUGCAUUCAGUGAUGUCCACCCUGGCUCUGCUCUACGCCCUGCACGGCAUCACAAAGAACUCUGGAGACUUCCUACAGGUCAGGAGAAGCUAUUUGAUCUAUUACUGGAGCUGCUAUCGGCACAUUUUAUAAAAAAAUUAUCCAGUUAUUUGAACACUGUUUUGGUCUACUGUCAUACAGAUGCUUCAUUGUUCAUGAGCUAACUUUAUUUGCUCUCUAUAUAUAAAAUGUGUUUUUCUGGUGUCUUCUGUGCCCUUUAAGCCAAUAAUGAAAAUCAAAUUAUGACUAAUCUAUUGACCUUUUGAAUUCUUUGCUGUAAAUGUCAGAAAAUGUUUUUUCUUCUUCAUGGUAAGCCCUUUUUGAUUAACCCCUUCAUGUCUUUUGUUUCAGGCUGGACUGCUGAAUGUGCCCCAGGUGCUGCAGACUUCAGUUCGUAUCAAGGAGCUGUUGUCUCAGCUGAGGCCGAACGCCGUGGCUCUAGUGGACGCCUUCGACCACAAUGACAAAAAGCUGAAUUCAGUCCUGGGGCGAUACGAUGGGAACGUCUAUGAGAACAUGUUUGAGUGGGCUCGUCGCUCACCCCUGAACGCCACAGAGGUCAGUCUUAGUCAGAGAUGAAAUUUCUAGGAAGGUGAAACCAUUUGUACUGAUGAAACGAUAUCAAGCUGAGGAAAUUGUGUCAGUUAUGGUGGCUCACAAAUGAACAGAAACCAACUUCAUUAUUAGUUCAGUGUUCAUGACUGAAAGCGUCAGAAUGCUAAAUGUGGCACCACUCUUGUUUAAUAUCAAAUCCUCACAAAUUCUCCACCUUUCCUUCUUUCACAGGUCCAUGAAUCCUUCUACAAGUACCUGAAGCCUCUGCGCUCAAAACUGUGAGCUGACCAUUGCUCCCUUGAUUCCUGGCUGCGACCCUUCAACUCUGCUAAUAUAGACCCCGCCUUGGCAGUGCUUUACUGCCAUCCCCAUGGUGGUCAGCAUUAACCACCAGCUUGAAGGAAUUCAGUCUUCCCUACAUAACUCACUCUCUUAAUGUGAUCAAAUUGACACAAUCAAACCCACAAUCAGCCUCUCUUCAGUCCUAAGUGUACUGAGAUAUUUGUCAGUUUAGUCCUUUUUGGGCUAUUGAGGCAGAAUAUUGCACUAGGCACAAACUAAAAAAGGCAGUACAGGGGGAAUCUGAGUAAAAUCAGUAGGGUAAAUUAGUAGUUAUGAGAAAAUUAAAACAGCUCAGAUCUAAAUUGCAGAAUUUUUUAAUUCAUAUUUGUAAUCAAUUGUGCCACUAUUCAUUUUACCCAGUCUUUUCUUCAUGCUGCUGCUUUCUGUGUAAGCCAGUAAAGACUGAAAUGCCUUUCUAUUUUUCCUAACAAGUACAGAAUGUAACUCUGAAAGUUACAUAAUGUUGGAGUAUUUUAUUGUGGAAACAGACCAACCGCUAUAUUUAGUUUCCCCUGACUACAAGGACCAACAUGUUAUCUAAAAAGACACUGUGCUGUUUGUUGUAACAUUAAUCAGAGAGACAUUCAUUUUACUGAUAAUUGAUGCUAGCACAAAGAAGGUAAAGUUGCACAUUGCUGUUGCACCACAUCUUUUUUCACAAGUGUGUGAAAACCCCCCUCAUCUUCCUAUAUAGAUGAGAUAAGCUGUAAUGUCACUGAAUUUAUCAACAACUUAGGUGUGACUUGCAGCAGAUCAAAAGCCUCAUGACUAAGUAGUGAUCAGCAGAAACAUCAAGAGGAAAUAUAUCUGUAAAAUACAUCUGUUCAUACAGUCUGUAAAACCUCUGCAUGCUUAUCAAGUUCAACAUCUUUGGGGCAGAGAACUCUGUUUACUUAGACUUGAACAAGUUUUACUUUGUACUGAAUGGUACUAAACAGCCUUUAAUUCAUACCUUACUCAAAAUGUAUUUUGCCUUUUUUAUUUGCUAGUAUUUUAUUUAGUAUCCAAUACUCUCUGUAAGUUAGAAGGCUCUUAUAUUUGAGUAGUUUUUUCUUUGUUGAGAGAACAGUGACUGUGUCCGACUCGGAGGCCAAGGGCCGUAAUGCCAAAAAGUUUAACUAGAUAGAAAGAAACUACAAUAGAUUAGUUGAAGCAACUCAACGGGAAAGUAAUACAACCAGAAUUUAUCCCACUAUCUGACACAUCUUUUCCUACGUCAUGAAUAACAAUGUCAUACUCAUCAUCGACUCCAUAAAUACAGCAACCUUUUUUAAUCUGUACGAUUGAAUGUGAAAAGGAAAGAUUAUUGGAUAAUCUGUGUCUUUAUGAUAUUGAAUGUGUUUGCUGGAUGGGAGGACUUUUUGUGUACAAUGGUAAAGAAAAUCAAAAGCACUUUUUAAGAAUGGCUAGUUUCAUUUUUACAAUAAUGGAGUAUGACAUGACGCCACAUAUGCACUGUACAUGUGAGUUAGUAUUCUCCCUCCCUGCAGCGUGGCGUAAAUGUAUUAAGUGAAGGGUCAAAACCUCAGCUAACUCCUUCAAAUACCCUUUUCCUCUUUCAGUCAAACACAUUUCAAACUACAACACAAUGAUAAACCGAUUGCUAGUAUGCUCUUAAAAUUAAAAAACAGCUUACAGAUAAUUAAAUGCAAACUGGAAUAAGUUGUUCUACAGUAUUGCUUUUUUGUUUUUAUUUUUAAUAAAUCUCCGAUGAAUUGACUUAUGAAGCAGUGAUGUACACUAUUUAAUAGAAAUGUUAUAUUUUUAUGACAGCGCAACCCAAUUGACAUAAAUGAAAGGUGAUGAGAAAUAAAAGAUGAUAAGAGAUGUUGUGAAAGUAAUAACUGUACACUGAAAGGCGGGCUUUGAGCUAAAGCCUCACUGUGAAGUGUCAAGAUGAUUGUGGGGUGAAUAUGUGCCUAACAAUGUCUUCAUUUCUUUAUUUAAACCAAUCAAGGAUAUCAUUUCACAAUGCUCGUAACUUUUCUGUGUUUGUAUGACUUUAAAACUGUUGAUUUCUGUAAUAAGCUUGCAAUAUUAAAUGACUUAGCUGUAUAACAACUGUGGAACAUUUUCUUGAUGUACAUGAUUGAAAAAUGUUGAUUUCUAACAUGAUUUUAACUGCUGUUAAACCAUAUUACCUGUAAGUUCAAUGAAUAAAAUGUUGAUAAUGAUUAUUGUGCA